AUGAAGCUUGCCCUCGUCCUGGCGAUCACACUGGCAACAGUGGCAACCUUAGCACCAGUAAGUUCCAUGCACAUCGCGAAGCUCGUCGUAAGGAAGCUAGUCAGCAGCGCGCACCAGCCAAAAUCAUCGGUGACCGCCGUCGUUUACACACCCGUCGUGGCUCCUCCACCGGUAGUGUACUCGCCCCCACCGUUCGUCGUUCCACAGCCGCAUCAUGCCGCACCGGCUUCGUCGUUCCACACCAAGCUGCGUUCGGCUGUGGGCAAGUUCGGUUUGACCAACUUCAACUUUGCCAAGCUCGGUCUCGGGCAAGUCCUGAAGCAUCCUUGGCUGAAAAACACCGUGCUGGCGGGUUCACCGCUUUUCGGGGGCUCAUCAGUCACCGGCGGAGUGUCCGAGGUGUACCACGAGACCGACGAGCAUGUCACUCCCGUGUCGGCGGCGGUAGUCCCUGAGGUCCAUCCGGCCGUUGUCGAACAACAUGAGGUCGUCGAAGUGGUCAACCCUCCUCCUACAGAGGUGGUGGAGGUGGUCCCCGAAACGCCAGUCAAUCAGUAUCCUCUUCCGGCACCAACUCCAGCCCUUGAGUACGGACCUCCGGCGGGAUCAGCCUUCGGAAGCUCUUCUGCGUCUUCGGCGAGCUCCAGCACCAGCCACCAGAACACUGGUGAGCCCCAGUACGUGGCGGUCAAUCUAGGAGCCCGCCAUGUAGCACCCCUACCGGCCGGUUACGAGGACUCGGUGUUGAUCGAAAACCUACAGCCGGCUCCCGGUGUCAGCAACACCGACACCUAUCUGGUUCCUCCGGUCGAAUCGAAUCAGCUGGAAAACAACUGGAACCCGGUGGUGCUGUCCGACAUCCCGCAGGAGCUGCUCCGAUCCGGAGGAAUGGAAGAACUCGUCGACAACGGAGUGAAGUACAUCGCCAUCAACGAUGGCGUGCGCCACGAAGCUCCCCUGCCCGGUUACGAUCGUUCGAUCGUCAUCGAGAACCUGGCCAAUGCGUAA